AUGACAGGCUUCCUACACAAGGCCGAGGAGUCGAUGCACUUCCAUCAUCAUCACGACACGAACAAGCCAAAUCAUACAUCCAAUGUGACACCUGUUACUCAGAGUGAUAAGCACUCCAACUACAGCCUCUUCCACAAAAAGCACGAUGACAAACACCAUCUGAGCCAGGAGGAGAGAGAUCGUCUCGAAUUUGAAGCAUCUAGACAUUAUGACCAUGCUAAGCGUGAAAGUCACGGUGCUGGUGUUAAUUUUGAGGCAUAG